AUGUUCUCAUUGAAUGCAGCCGCCUUUGCUGCUGCAGCUCAAGUGGCAGCGGUGGGAUCAGCCGCUUCUUCGUCGGCAGCAAAUGGAACUUCGACAACCUCAAGUAGUAUUUCUGAUAAAAAGUGUGACGUUUUCAAGAACGAUUUGUCAGAUGGAAUCAACUCGGCUAACUUCUACGCUCAUCCACCACCAUCUUCAUGGACCGAGCAUUUGCCUCUACUUGGAAGUUAUCAUCCACAUGCUACGCCGUUCGGAAUUGACUCACAUCAACCGUCGACAAGCGGGUAUCCAAUGUACGAUCAAGGCACUUUUGUGGCACCUCCUCAGCACUACAUGACCUCAACACCUACUGCACCUCCAGGGUUUGUGUAA